CAUUUCUAAAACCCUUAAAGCUCAAUCUCUUCACUCAUCCUCGUUCUUCUCUCACGCUGCGACAAAACCUGCCUCUCCACCAGCCACGCCACCGUGCCUCAUCGGCGAGCGUGGAAGAAACGCCUCAACCUACUUUUUCUCUCGUGCUGAGACAAAACCUUCUUCGUCACUUCGCGAUUCUUCUCCGUCGUGAUUAUUCUAAUUUCUAGUUCGUGACUCUUUUUUCCUUUUCACGUUGAAGACUCACAAUCUCGUGGCGAUCCUUGAUGCAUGAAAAGAAUUGAGAUUGAAGUCAUUCACAUCAAAACAAACCGCCCUAUUCUAAAUACGGAUAUUUUCUUGUAAGAAUCAACAUGUCUACUUCAGUGUCCCAAAGAAAAGAACAAGUAGAGAACGUUUCCAUUAAAGCUAUCCCUAAAGGGCUAACCAAAUGUGAAGAAUGCAAAUCGAACCCAUCAAAAUACAAGUGCCCUGGUUGCUCGAUACAAUCAUGCAGUCUUCCUUGUGUAAAAGCUCACAAAACGCGUACUGGGUGUACUGGAAAGAGGAACCAGACUCAGUUUGUUCCCAUUUCUCAGUUUGAUGACAGUAUCUUAUUAUCGGAUUAUAAUUUGCUGGAGGAAGUGAAGAGGGUGGCUGAAGCUGCUUCAAGAACGAGAACUAAGUUAGGCUUGUAUACAUAUUUUAAGUUACCUCAUUAUCUCAAAAGCCUACAACAUGCUGCUGGAAGCCGGAGCACAAAAUUAUUAUUUCUCCCUAAUGGAAUGUCAAAAAGAGAGAAUAAUCGGUCUCGAUAUGACCAUAGGAAGAAGUCUAUACAUUGGACAAUAGAAUUGCGUUUUCACUCGACAAAGGUUGUUUUACACGAUCACGGAGUUAAUGAAAAUACAAGCUUUCGCUCCAUUCUAGAGAAACACCUCAAACCAAGUCCUUGGAACCAUCAACUAAAGGAAUUUUGCGAUGACCAAUUGGAUUGUCUCAAGCUCUUCAUCCGUAAAUACCCAAAGGGUCCCAAGUCACCCUUCAAAGAGUUGGAUAUGAAUGCACCAAUUAAACAACAAUUGGGAAAUGUAGUCAUUUUGGAGUAUCCUGUUGUCUUUGUUUUCUUGCCGUCUCACAGUAUCAAUUUCGAAGUUAUUAAGAAGGUCAAUCCUAGUUUACCUAAAUCACUUCCGAAAGAUAGUGAGGUUAACCUUAGUCCGGAAGGUGUUUCAUUUCGAGAAGAAGUAAUAGAAGAUGACAACAACUCUGAUGAUCCUAAGGUUUUUGAUCUCAUGAAGGACAUUGAGUUAAGUUCAUCACAUCAAGUGCUUACCGAAAAUAUGAAUUCUGAGAAAGUACCAAAUGAUUCAUUAGAUAAACCAGUGUUUGAAGAGGACAAUGAUGGUAAUCUUUCACCUGCAUCUCUGAUGGACAAGGAACUAGAAAAAUUGUCUGAAGAUGUGGCAUUUGACUUUGAUGAAGAUUUUAUGGACGAUGCCUAUUCUGAUCUUAUGUCUCACUUGAAUCCUGAAGACUUUCUCAAUUUUGAUAAUGAAUUUGCUGAGAAGGAUGUAAACGAAAUAGAUUUUUGCCGUGUCAUUGAUGAGUUUCCCAUGCCAGAGGAAUUAGAGGAGGGGGAAAUUCAAGAGUGAUUGGUAGUUUUUAGCUACUUCCAUUGAAAAAUCGAGGAGAAAAUGAGAAACAUUGUCAGUGCAACGGUGUGACGAAUCGUAUCAUUUCUAUAAAGACCAUGUUGUUGCUCAUAGCCAAUUCAGGUCAAAUUUUGGUACUGAAUUAUUUUAUUUUUGUUUGUCAACAGUUUUCAAGAGAAAUUUACUACAAUUUCAUGGAUCUUUUUCCAAGUUUUGUCCUAGGCAAAUUAAACAUUGUAUUAUUAAUUUAUUAUCAUUUAAUGGAUACAUCGAUGUUUUGCCAAUUUGA